UUGAAAAUGUCGCAUUUGUCACUUUAUUAACCCCCAACAACCGCAAAACUAAGUAAAGGUUUCAUCAAUCACAGCUUGAUGUAAAUUCUCUGAGGAAGAGCAGUCAGCUCUUUUCUUACGGGCAGUUUCUAAUAGUUCGGGAACAUCGAGAGCGUCUCACUCAGCAGAGUGCUGGAUGAACGCAGCGGUGCCGCAAUCAGCCAAACCCCGCAUUCACCGUUUACAUCCACAUCGCGUCUGCCGCCUGACAUAUAGACCACGGGCUCAAGCUAUAUGCAUUUGUCUAGACAACAGCUAACAGCAUACGCCGACGCCUUCAACCACCGUGUUAAGAAUCGCUUCCAUCCCUCAAAGGUUUGAUCUUCUUUAAGCUCUAAUUCAUUUCGGAGAUCGUUUGGUUAUAAACCGAGAGUUCGCGCGAUGGUUCUGCUGCAUCGCCGUCGGAGAAAAGAGACGCUGGUCUGGCUGCUGCCCGGUCUGCUUGGAGUCUGCAUGGCAUUUGGCCCGAGCAAAGCAGAGGAGGAAGAUUACGAGGAUGUCCCCAUAAAUAAAACUUGGGUUUUAUCACCAAAGGUCUAUGAGAGCGACGUCACCCUUAUCCUAAACAAAUUACUGCAAGGCUAUGACAACAAACUGAGACCAGAUAUCGGAGUGAGACCAACUGUGAUUGAGACGGCAGUGUAUGUGAACAGUAUUGGCCCAGUAGAUCCCAUCAAUAUGGAGUACACUAUAGACAUCUUCUUUGCUCAGACGUGGUACGACAGCAGACUCAAAUUCAACAGCUCAAUGAAACUCCUCAUGCUCAACAGCAACAUGGUUGGAAAAAUCUGGAUCCCUGACACCUUUUUCCGCAACUCCCAUAAAUCUGACGCCCACUGGAUCACGACACCCAAUCGCCUUCUGCGGCUUUGGAGUAAUGGAAGAGUGAUGUAUACUUUAAGGUUGACUAUUAAUGCGGAAUGCUACCUUAAGCUGCAUAACUUUCCCAUGGAUGAACAUUCGUGCCCUCUGGAGUUUUCAAGCUAUGGGUAUCCAAAGAAUGAGAUCCAGUAUAGAUGGCAACGUCGUUCGGUUGAGGUUGCAGACCAGCGGUACUGGAGGCUUUACCAAUUUGCUUUUGUGGGUCUACGGAACAGUUCUGAUGUGGCACACACUCAGUCUGGGGAAUAUGUAGUUAUGACCAUUUUCUUUGACCUAAGCCGGAGAAUGGGCUACUUCACCAUCCAGACCUAUAUCCCCUGCAGUAUGAUAGUGGUUUUGUCCUGGGUCUCUUUCUGGAUUAACAAGGAUGCUGUGCCUGCCAGAACAUCUUUAGGUAUCACAACUGUGCUCACCAUGACAACCCUAAGCACCAUAUCAAGGAAGUCCUUGCCGAAGGUGUCGUACGUGACAGCCAUGGAUCUGUUUGUGUCUGUCUGCUUCAUCUUCACCUUUGCUGCUCUUAUGGAAUACGGGACCCUGCAUUAUUUCACAAGCAAUCGACAGAACAAGAAGACCAAAUCGAGCCAUACACAGAAACCCAGCAUGGUUAACAUCAGACCAGGGACAUCUCUGCUGCAGAUGAACAAUAUUGCUCCCUACCACGAGGAUGACGAUUAUGCGUAUGAAUGUCUGGACGGCAAAGACUGCACCAGUUUCUUCUGCUGCUUUGAUGAUUGUCGCUCCGGAGCUUGGCGUGAAAACAGAAUGCAUGUCCAUGUCUCCAAAAUCGACUCCUACUCCCGAAUAUUCUUCCCAACUGCCUUUGGCCUCUUCAACCUUGUCUACUGGAUUGGAUAUCUGUAUCUUUAAAGAUGCUGGGCAAGUUAGAGAGGGACUCAGUUGUAGUAGUAUUUGCAAAUCAUCUGUAAAUUCUCCGUCUGCUAAAUCUGGCAGCAUAAAUCUUUAAGAGAAGUGCAGGUGUGAGGUGAGAUUUGGAUGUAUUAUUACUUGAUGUAUCUUUAACUGUACCUGGGAAGGAUUUGAAUCUUAGCAGGAUGAUAAAUGUGUUUCUGUGCUGAUGCCAACUGAAUAUUACCAGCAACCUCGGUUUUUGAGAAGGAAAUGCUAACAGUUUGGUUUUUUUUAUCAGUUAUGAAGGCCAUCUCAAACCUUGCCUAGUUUAAAAUGAUCUCUUAAAUGAUCGCUUUUUUUUACUACAAUAUUAGCAUCAUGUUAACAUCACUAUUGCAACUAUGACAGAACUUCUUCAGGUUAUUAUCUCUGGCUGAAGCUAAAUAUUAUUAUUUGCAAUGAAAAGUAGAUAUAUUAGUCGCUUCUAAUACAGAUUUUCCAAGAAAAAAGAAAAACAUAUCUAACUACACAUUAGAAAACUAAUAUUUAUGUUAAUCUAUCAGAAUGUUUUUAUUUUACACUUAAAAUAGCUACAUUUCUGUGUGAAUUACCUGCAUUACUAAAACCAAAGCAUAGAUACUGUAUCUGAAGGUUACAUGAAUAGAAUUUUGUUCUGCUCAAGAAUUACCCAGAAGCCAUUUACUCGGAAUUAGCCUAUAUUGAUACUGUGAAAUGUUCUUGACUUGAACUAAUAUGCUGUCUCUGCAAUAGAUGACACAAAGAAAUGCCAGUGUGCCCAAGAUAAAAGGUUCCACGUGCAAUUUUUUAUAUAUCAAACAAAAGGAAUAAAGCAGCCUUUACACUUCACAAAUGUUCAGUGUCCUUUAGUACAAAUUAGAGUUCAUCUCUCUCUUUCGUAUUCAAGACGGCAUUUCAUCUCUCCUCACGAAUGGCUAGAUUUCUGUCUGUAAUUGCAUGACUCAUCUGAGCUCCUACGGCUAAUCAACCCAUAUUUGGAAAUGGGUCUGAUGGACUUUCUUCAGCAGAGGAGCUUUAGACAGACCCGUCACAAACAGUCUCAAAACUACAACAUCUGAAAAUGAACAGUCUUCAUAACACAAACCAUGGAUGCCUUCUCUAUUGGUAAUAGUCUAAAUCAAAAGGCCAUUUAAUAUGGAUUUGUCUUAAAUUAGAUUAAAUCUGAUCUCAGAGUCCUAAUUGAUUUGAGAAACAGAUAAACAGAGCGUGCAAGUAAAAGUGCCGUGUCUUGACCCGAGUCUCAAAACAUCUGUACACAUAAUGUACAAGUGUUUUUCUCAAUCUCCUAUUGUGCUUUCGGCUGUUGCUUGUUUUAUUUGAUCUUUCCAUGUGAUUUGUCUUUUGCUGGGUGUUAUCUUGAUCUGUCUCCCUUUCUGAACAUCUGUUAUGUACUGUGUUGUACCCUGUAGCUUAUACUGUAUAUACAAUAGUAUAUAUUUAUAUAUACUAUUGUCUUUUUUAAUGACAGCCUCACAGUUUCAGACUCAUGCAACAACCAGAUGAAAAUACAAAUAAAAAUAGACCGAAAUAUAACCUAUUUAUAUUUCUGCAUAUACAUAGAUUGUUAUGGUGAGAAUAUCUAUUGAACUAAUCUGUUUCACACCCUUAAUAAUACAGAUCAGUGACCUUCAUGUAUCUGUGUGAGUGUGUGCAUGUGUGUCUGUACGUGAGUGGGUAUUCAAAGCAGACUCCGUCCCUCACCGUACAUCUCUGCGCUCUGCUCUCCACUCGUUCUAGCUGUUGUCGUCGUGUCUCCUGUAAGUGUUAACCUUCAUGCUUUUUACGUGUUCAUAUGUUUUUGUAGCCUUGAACACUGUGAGUAAUAAAACAGUGCCUGCAAAACAUUAAUAAAUCUCUACGCUCUCUCAAACUCUGUUGAUGAUUCACAUCUUAACAAAACCCCAAAGCGCUGGGAUAUAAAAUGUGAAUCGUGUAUUUUCCCUCAGGCAGAUAUUCUGGUAAUAAUGCUUUGUUAAUAUCGCAUUUAGUUUUAUAAUUAUUGCCACAAGUGAAUGAGCAACAACAUUUUCAUACACAAAUAAAAUUUCACUCAUUUAUGGAUCUUAAUUGUUAUUUCACUCAUCAGUGAGGAAUAUGAGUUACUCCAUCUUAGGGAGCACGUGAGUAAACACUUCAUAUGUGAUACAUCUACAAAAACAAAAAUGUAAAGUUAUUUAAAUUGAAUAAAGUUCACCCAAAAAUGAA